AUGAACUUAUCAAGUUCAGUUAAUCUACUAUUCAAAAAUCAAUUGAAAGCUAUGACCAACAAUCAUAUAAAUCCAGCAAUUGCAAGACUAGCAUUAACUAAACAACAUUUAACUCAAUCUCGUACAAACUCAUCUUCUUCAUCAUCAACACCUUCACAAACCAAAUUAAAAUCUUCAUCAGAAAGACCAAUUAUAAUACCAACUUCACAAGGUAAGAAAUAUUCAGCCACAUAUGCCAAUUAUGCAACUACAAAACUUUCUAAUAAUGAAGUUAAAAUAUUAUCAUAUUUUCAUGAUAUUUCAUUAGACCUAGAUCCUAUAAAAAGAGAAGCAAAUUUUAUAUGUGAAAUACCUCGUUGGUCAAAUGCUAAAUUUGAAAUAGCUACAAAAUUACCAGGAAAUCCAAUUGUUCAAGAUGUUAAAAAUGGUAAAGUUCGAUUUGUUAAAAAUUUAUUUCCUCAUCAUGGAUAUAUUCAUAAUUAUGGUGCAUUUCCACAAACUUGGGAAGAUCCAUUUAUAAAACAUUAUGAUCUUUAUGGAGAUAAUGAUCCAUUGGAUGUAUGUGAAAUUGGAUCAAAUAUAUUGAAUACAGGUGAUGUUAAAAGAUGUAAAAUUUUAGGAUCAUUAGCAUUAAUUGAUGAUGGAGAAUUAGAUUGGAAAGUAAUAGUUAUAGAUAUAGAAGAUGAAUUAUCACAAUAUGUUAAUGAUAUUGAAGAUGUAAGAAAAAAAUGUCCUGGAUUAUUAGAAGCAACAAAACAAUGGUUUAAAGAUUAUAAAUUAGCUGAUUCAAAACCAGAAAAUAAAUUUGCAUUUAAUGGAAAUUAUAAAUCAGCAAAAGAAACUAUUGAAAUAAUACAAGAAUGUCAUAAAAGUUGGCAAAAUUUAAUUUCUGGAAAAGUUAAAGGUUCAAAAGAUAAAUUACCAAGUAUUAUAAAUACAACAAUUAAAAAUUCACCUGGUUAUAUUAAAGAUUAUGAAAUUAAAUUAAAUGAUCCUUUAAAUGAUGAUGAUCCAAUUCCAAUUGAUACUAAUAAAAGUUAUUAUUUUUAA